ACGGCAGCGGCACUUCAUCCCGGCCGGAGCGCUCGCUCGGACUCAGUACACAGACGAGUGAUGCUCGCCCCCACCCCCAUCCUCUACUCGUGACGAGCAACAAUGGUGGACAACCGCUACGCCACGGCGCUGGUGAUCGCCUGCGUCCUCAGUCUCAUGGCCACUGUUUAUCUGUGCGUGGGCGUGGGCACGCAGCACUGGUACCAGUACAGCAGCCCGCCAGUGCGCGGCGAGGCCAAUAUGUCCGAGCUGCGCGGCCUCUACGACGAGUUCAUGGAUGGAGAGUUCGACGAGAAGACGUACAGCGACACUUUGUUCCGACUCAACGGCAGCGUGGGCCUGUGGUGGCGCUGCGUGCUCGUGCCCGACACCCCACACUGGUACAAGGAGCCAGGCGCCAAGAUGGCGUUGAGGUGCCGAAGGUUCACCGUGCAACAGCAGCUAACGCCCAAAUACAAGGAACCCGGAAACCACAACAGUGGAGAGGACAAGCUGCGCACAUACUUGUGGCGAUUCCAGUUCCUCCUGCCGCUCGUCUCUUUAGGCCUGGAGGUCUUGGCGGGUCUGAUCGGGUUCUGCGCCUGUCUCUGCCAAAGCCUCACACCCACGCUCGCCAUUGGUGUUCUGCACCUGUUAACAGGUUUGUGUUCGUUGGCCACUGUGUGUUGCUAUCUGGCGGGGACGGAUCUGCUCCACAGGGUCUCGGUGCUUCCCGACAAGGUGGACGGCUCCCUGGGCUGGUCCCUAUACUUGGCGCUCAUGUCCUCACCUCUCCACAUGAUGGCAGCCGCCUUGCUGGUGUGGGCGGCACGCAGCCACGGUCGCAACUACUACCGAAUGGCCGCCUACCGCGUGGCCUAACCAGUAUGAUCGGCAGUCCAAACGGAAGGAAUACUUGUGGUUCAUUUGAAACACCACUCGUUGGAACGGCUGCAAUACUGGCCGUUAAGAUGCACUUUGAUGACAUCACAAGUGUGCCAUCACU